AUGGGCCAAAACUUUCUUCGUCGGCUGUCGACGAAUCUACUGACCAGUUGCCCGUUGCGGUUCGCGAUGUCCAAACGCGAAAGUAAGAGUUUUCCCAGCCAGGUGCUGAUACUAGUGAUUUUCAUUUUGAAUCAGGCUCAAUGUGAGUCCUUAGAGGAGGAUAUCUCUCAGCCUAAGUUCGAAUGGCCCUCGUUUGGAUGGAUGCGUAAUAAAACCACCAAAGUAAAGCCAGCCUUGGAUCUGAAGAAUGACUAUAGUCAAAUGGAGUUGGCCAAUUUUGGAGACUUUGAUCGUCAUCCAUGCAGAAGAGUUUGCCAGCAGGGGCAAUCACAGAACUGUUACUAUCAACUGGUGGUUCAUAAUUACCAAAGACUUGGCCCGGAAUGUCAGAGGUGUCAGUACGAUGAAAGAGCCUGUGCAGCGGAGCAUUGCAUUUUUGGUGACGGAGUGGCUAAUCCCGUGAUGGCUGUUAAUCGCAUGGUUCCAGGACCGCCUAUAGAGCUUUGUGAAAAUGACACAGUGGUGGUGGAUGUCUUAAAUUACCUGGGUGAACCAACAACUAUGCACUGGCAUGGCAUUCAUAUGCAUAAGACUCCCGAAAUGGAUGGUGCACCCUUUAUCACCCAGUACCCCGUGCAACCUGGUGAGGUCCAGCGUUAUGAAUUCCAAGUGGAUCGCAGUGGCACGUUGUGGUACCACAGCCAUGUGGGUUGGCAACGUGGAUUUGGGGUGGCUGGUGCUUUGAUAGUUCGUCAAACGCGACAGGAGAAUCAGCAUUCGCAGCUUUACGAUUACGAUCUAGUGGAGCACACCCUUAUGAUUCAGGAUAUCUUCUACGAAUACAAUCUUCAAGAUGUACGCAAUAUCCUGGUGAAUGGCAAGGGCCGUAAUCAUCUAAGUCAACUACCUGAUAAUGAUAACCGACAUCGCUAUGAAAGACUUCGAGUUACUCCUGGCUAUCGUUAUAGAAUGAGAGUUAUCCUUAAUGGCAUAUUCAACUGUCCCGUGGAGUUCUCCAUUGAACAGCACAAGCUCUUGAUCAUAAGCACCGAUGGCAAUGAUAUUGAACCAGUCCUGGCAGAUGGAUUCUUCUUGACCUCAGCGGAGCGUUUUGAUUUUGUUUUGGAUGCCAAUCAGUAUAACAAAAACUAUUGGAUCCGUGUUCGAGGUUAUGAGCAAUGUGAGAGUCGGAAUCUUUAUCAAGGAGCAGUGCUUAGCUAUCGAGGAUCAGCUAGAUCUAAGUUGCCAGAGGGCGAUAUCGUGUACAAGCAGAGUAGGUCUGCAGAAGAUCUGAUAUUGGUGAACGAUUUUCGCUUUAAGCCUGCGAAUUCAUCGAUCAUACCCUCUCUUCGGCAGUCCUUGGAUAAGGAUAAUAAUGUUGGUACUGUAGCGCUGCGAUCAGUGGAUCCUGUUCCGUGGAGUCGUUAUACCAACUUCCUCACUCAUUACUCCAGUUUCGGUUCGAGAACGGCACCCAAUGGGGAGAUGCUCUUUCAGAUCGACGAUGUAUCGUAUAAUUCGCCGGGAAUAUCCCUGUUGCAGGGCAGGCAUCUCUACCAGGAUGAUGGAUACUUCUGUAAUAAGAGCUCCUUGGUAGCACAGGGGCGUAACUGUGAAAGGGAGCUUUGUGAGUGUGUUCACGUUAUGCGACUUCCGGCCUAUCGUCCUUUGGAAAUGGUUGUGGCCAAUUAUAUGGACAGCACCCAUCCGUUCCAUAUACAUGGCUUUACAUUCCGUCUGGUGGGUCAGGGAGUUCUGGGAAAUCUUAACGAUCUGCGCAAUAUCCGGGAACUUGAUCGCAGAGGGCGUCUGCCUCGUUUAUCGGAUGAUAGUGCAGCCGUGGCCAAGGACACGGUACAGAUUCCAGGGCAGGGUUACAUUAUCAUUCGCUUCCUCUCGGAUAAUCCUGGAUUCUGGCUAUAUCAUUGCCAUGUUGAAGCACAUGCCGUUCAAGGAAUGGUGGCGGUCCUAAAGAUCGGUGAGGACCAUCAAAUGAAAAAUAUUCCAGCACGUGUCCGUUGUUAAGACAAAAUACCUUUCUAUACAUUAAACUUGAGGCUAUCUUGAGCUUGAGUCACCCAAUUUUGCCAAAUGGA